GGGUAUAAUGAGUCCAAGAGUUACAGUAGAAAAAUGAGUUCGCCUACGCAGCCCUAGACUAUCCUCAACGGAUACCACACAACCUUCAGUCUCGACGCAUACCCUUUUUCCCUUCGGUAGCGAAACGAAGCGGGGAGAGAAUCAUGAACGCCCCUGAUCGUUACGAGCGAUUUGUAGUCCCUGAAGGCACCAAGAAGGUUUCAUAUGAGCGAGACACGAAGAUCAUUAACGCUGCUUCCUUCACAAUCGAGCGAGAAGACCACACAAUCGGCAACAUUCUCCGCAUGCAGCUUCACAGGGACGAUAAUGUCCUUUUCGCAGGCUACAAGCUUCCCCAUCCUCUUCAAUACAAAAUCUUAGUCAGGAUUCACACAACUAGCCAGUCUUCCCCAAUGCAAGCAUAUAACCAGGCUAUCAAUGAUUUGGACAAGGAGCUUGAUCACUUGAAAAAUGCAUUUGAGGUGGAAGUGGCAAAACAUUCAAGGGAGUUCUAGAGUAUGAAGUCAAGGAAGCCAGUUCUUGUGAUGGGCGCUGGCUGAUGGAGCUGAGGAAGUAAACUGUAAUUCACUUGUUUCACAUCAUUUGAUUGGUUUAAACUUUUGUUAUCUCCAACAUGGCACUGGUCAACAACCAGCAUGCCUCAGCGCUGUGCAGAAGUGCUUAAAUGCCUUGUGCUCUUAUCUGGCUGCAGCCUACAGUUUCCAACCCUCUUAUCCUCUUUGGGCUUUCCCUCCUUAUCCCCCCCCUUUUUUUUCUUUGACAUAUGAAAGGAUCGACUUCGGACAUUAAGAAAUUUGAAGUGUUGAAGUUAGGCAACGUGAUGUAGAAUUAUAGUAACGUUAAAUCUAAAUUUUAAAUUUGUUCUUCCAAA